AUGCCUAUAGGCAAUACCUAUUCAACAUUCAUUGUUAGCCUUUGUCUGCACAAGUUGUUUGUCUUUUGAUUUUAUGUUGCUCAAAAGUUUCGUCAUUCGUGCUCCCUGACUCUACUAUUCUACAAAUUACCAUUGACAAGAAACGGACAUCGCGAAAUUAAAGGAGUUCAUAAAGUAAUGAAUACCCAAUUCCCGUCGAAAAGACGUCGAGAUGAACGUUUGUCAUCAUCGACCAAUAACAGUGCGAAAAAAUCGAGGAAGACAAUAACUCCCUUCAACCCGCACUAUCUUCGGCAAGCGCUAUUACCAACAUUGGACGUAAUUCUUGCAAGCAAGCUUUCAAAGUCUUUUCGCAUCCAUCUGUCGACUAUCAAAGACAAGUUAUCCAAUCAAAAAUACACAGACGCGAGAGAUUACGUUGAAGAUGUUUGGUCAAUGUUUGAAGAUUAUCGGCUGUCCAAUCCGGGAAGCCAACAUUACACCGAGUUGGGCGACGCAUUCCAAUUUGAAGUUGAUCCAAUCAUGCAAUCGUUAGGCUACUGCUGUGGUAAAAACUACAGAUUUGGUCCACAGAAAUUGUGCUGCUCACUCAAAAAAGAGUGUACAAUUAUGAUAGGCGCACACUACUUUACCUAUCAAAUAAGGCACAACAUUUGUGAACUUUGUUUCGCCAACAUCCCAUCAGGGGAAACAGUCACCCUUGGCGAAAAUUCGCCAUCUGAAACUCGAAUCAGAACGGAUCAAUUCAUGAAAGUGCAAAACAAUGUCACGACACCCGAACCGCUUAUUGAAUGUCAGAACUGUGGUCGAAGGCAACACAAAAUCUGCGCUUUGUAUUCGGAAAAAAUCUGGCCCAAUGGUUUCGUGUGCAACACUUGUCUGGCGAUGAACGGUGCCAAACGAGACGAAAAUCCAUUCAGAGCAAAGAAUUUGCCGGUGACGCAGCUGGACGGUCAUAUUGAGGCGCGAGUAAAUGAUUUCUUGAAGCAACACAACUUUGACGGUGGCCGAGUGUACAUUCGAAUGUUGCUCAAUGUUGACCGAAACGUCAUAGUGAUGCCGGCUAUGCGUAGCCUAUUUGUCGAAUCGGGUGAACUGAGUGCCUCGUUUCCAUAUCGAUCCAAAGCUAUCUUUGCCUUUCAAGAGAUCAAUGGCCUCGAUGUGUGCUUCUUCGGCAUGUACGUUCAGGAGUAUGGUUCGGAGUGCCCGGAGCCGAAUACUCGGCGAGUGUACGUGGAAUUUUUGGAUUCGGUGAACCUUUUCCAACCGAAACGCUUCAAAACGGACGUUUAUCGUGAGAUUUUACUCGGUUACAUCGACUUCGCGAAACAAUUGGGAUACGCAUGGCUGCACAUAUGGGCUUGCCCUCCGCCUUUAGGAGAAAAUUAUAUUUUUUCGCAACAUCCCACUGAUCAGAAAGUACCAGACUCGGUAAGACUGCAGAGAUGGUACACGAAAAUCCUCCGAAAAGGGAAGAGUGAACAAAUUGUCGAGGACUACAAGAACAUUUUGCAACAAUACAAGGACGACGUUUCGCUACAACGCAAGGAAAAUAGUGCUGUAGUGGCUCGGCUACCGUAUUUUGAUGACGAUUAUUGGCCGUACUUUUUCGAAGAAACGGUUGAGAAAAUGGAUGAAGAAGCGAAAGUGGCAAGCAGUAAGAGGAAACGGCGGUACAACGGGAAACGAAAGACUAAAAAGCAGAAAAAUUGCAACGUAACAGCACGCAAAAAUCGACUGAGAAGUAGUCUUCGUUCGAAAUUACUUUCCACAAUGACAGAGCUUUCAGCAAAUUUCUUUUCUGUUCAACUUCAUUCAGCGGAAUCGGUUGCUUCUCUAGAACCGAUUCGAGAUCCCGAUAGUUUAAUGGACAGUUUUAUCAUGAAUGGCCACAGCGCAUUCUUCGACUUCACUCGUGAUAACAAUUACGAAUUUUCGUCGCUUCGUCGUGCCCAAUUCAGUACGAUGUGCAUACUGUACGAACUACACAAUGAAGAGCUGAAAAACGAGCACUACUAUUGUAAUAACUGCGAAUUCCGUGUGGAUACCCGGUACAAUUGCAGAGUCUGUGAAGAUUAUGAUUUAUGUGUCGAUUGUAAAGAGAAGAUCGCUCAUGUUCACGAAAUGGAUAAGGUGGGACCCCGAUCUCUUGCGGAAAAUGCAACCAAGCAACCUUCUCCUCGUCGAAUAUCAUCGAACGAGACAAUAGAAAUUGAUUCAUCUGAUGACGACUCGAAGGCUCCAAUUAAUGAAACACCGCUCAGUCCCUCAACAGUGCGCUUGGAGACGGAUGCAGAGCUUAUUCAAACUGUCACCAGUCAUGCAUGCACAUGUUCCGACCGCAAUUGUCGGAUACCAUCGUGCCAAACCAUGAGGUGCUUUGCGCACCAUUUGAAAUCUUGCCAAAGAGCCAGGAACAGCUGUCCCAUUUGCAAGACGCUGAACACUUUACUUUCAAGCCAUUCGGACAGUUGCCAAAAUGUGAACUGUUCGUAUUCGUUUUGUCAAAAUAAUACGGCACAGAUGCAGCGGCAACAGCAGCAACGAAGAGAAAAACAGCAUAAAGACACUAUGAUGAACAUUGCAGCGACGUUACAGAAAACGUCAUUAAAAAUGCUCAAUAACUGCGAAGUGUGGACAGAUCAACAAUUUAUGCUUGACCUAGCUUUCCAAAUUACGUCCAUUCAAAUACAGUUGCAGCAAAUGAUAGGAGCCAAAUACGCUGACAGUGUUGCUCUUGGAACCACCGCUUCACUGGCUCGAGAUCAGGGUGCUAGUACUCAAUCGGGUCAAUUCAUGGAUACGUCUUAGUGUUUCAACACAACAUCGAAAGUUCACCUGUCAGUACGCUGUAAUCGUAAAUUUCACUAAACAUGACUGAGACCAUCCUGUACCUGUUCUGCUGCUUUUAUUUUUUUAAGACGACAGAAAGUCGCGUUGCCGGAAAAGUAGGUUAUUCAAACAAUGUAUAUAGCGGACGAUCGUACAGCGGUAUCAAUGAUGAACUUAUUAUGGUCAGUAUUGGCAUGGCGAUAGCGAUUGGUGUGUUAAUAAGCUUAGCUCUGUGCUAUAUUGUUCGGGAAAAGUGUCAAAAGCACAGAGAGUAUUACGUGUCUGCGUAAUUAAAAGCUUUAUACUCUUGUUUUGUUAACCUUUUUUCCCCUUCAUUUGACCAUUUUUUCUUUAUAAUAAUUUAUGGAAGUGUUACAAGAAUAUAAUGUUAAUGGAAAUAAACUAGUAAGUAAGUCUUGAAGAUAUAGAUAUAUUUUGUCUAACAAUAACUGGAGCGCGAAAUUUAUUGACAUGAAAUUGUCUAUUGUAAGACAAAAUGGAAACGUAAUGUUUGAUAGUUUCUGGAUAGUAAAAAGCGAGACUUUUACGAGUGUCAUGUGCGAAAUAUUUUUAUUGAUGCGACAGUUAAAGAGAAGAAUUUGUUUUAUCGAUUUAAAAAA